AUGUUAUUUGAAAGCUCCAUUAGAUCAGGAGAUCCUCGUCUUUCUAAUCGAAAUAAAUCAGGUUAAGCAACUGAAGUAUAAAAUGCCUAUGACCAUUCAUUCAAUGGAAGAAUAAUUUAUGCUAGAAACUUAUAUUCUAAAUUAUUCUUGCAAUUAAUUAUUGUUUGUAUUUUUAGACAAUAGACUAGGCAUAUAUGUAUGGAUAGUUCAUGCUUUGCAAGAUUUAGAUCACUUUUUAGAACAAACUAAAUGGAUAUUUUGGUUAAGUUUAGGUGUUUGUAUAGGAAUAUCAACAUUAGCCUUUAUUUAUAGGAAUUAGAUAAAAACAGCUCCAAUAAAUUGGUUAGUAUUCUUAUCAUUUACUCUAUCUUUGGCAUCAGUUUGUGGUUGUUUAGUAGCAUUUGGUAAUUCAUAAAUUGGAUUAUUGAUAUUUGUGAAUUUUGCAAGUAUCUAAAAUAUAUUUAAGAUAGGUCUAAUAUUUUUUUUAUUUUUAUAUUCAUCAACUAUAAGAAGAAAGAUUACUUAUUCUGGAGCAGUCCUUUUUGUAUCUGCAGGGAUAUUGAUUGUAUUUGAGAUGUUUACAAUCUAUACAAAAAUCUCAUUAUUUUGGAUUAUGGUCAUCUCUUUAUCCUCCUUUUUAUUUGCAUUUUUGUUGCUUUAUCAUACAUAUUCAAAUUUGAAGUAAUAAUCUCUAUAUAUUAUUUAUUUAAUUAGUUCUGAAGAUUCUUAUGAUAUCAGUACUGCAGAUGAUGUGAGUGGUAGUGUAACUAUAUAUUGGGAUAUUAUAUUAUUAUUUUUGAAGAUGGCAGAACUCAUCAAAGAUAAUCUAUUUAACAGACAUAAUUGA